AUGGAAGAGUUAAUAGUUGAACUUCGUCUCUUUCUUGAACUCCUGGACCACGAGUAUCUCACCUCAACUGUCAGGGAGAAGAAGGCAGUCAUCACAGACAUCCUGCUGAGGAUACAGUCAACCAAAGGUUUGGAAGUGAAGGAUCAUGCCACGAAGCCGGAGACCCCCAGCAGCCUGCCGGCCCCUCCCCAGAUGCCUUUGCCCGAGAUCCCACAGCCGUGGCUGCCACCCGACAGUGGGCCGCCACCGCUCCCAACGUCCUCUCUCCCGGAAGGCUACUACGAGGAGGCCGUGCCCCUGAGUCCCGGGAAAGCUCCGGAGUACAUCACCUCAAAUUAUGACUCGGAUGCAAUGAGUAGCUCUUACGAAUCAUAUGAUGAGGAGGAGGAGGAUGGGAAGGGGAAGAAGACGCGGCACCAGUGGCCUUCGGAGGAAGCCUCCAUGGACCUGGUGAAGGACGCCAAGAUCUGUGCCUUCCUGCUGCGGAAGAAGCGCUUCGGGCAGUGGACCAAGUUACUCUGCGUCAUCAAAGACACAAAAUUGCUGUGCUACAAAAGUUCCAAGGAUCAGCAGCCCCAGAUGGAACUGCCGCUCCAAGGUUGCAACAUUACAUACAUCCCGAAAGACAGCAAAAAGAAGAAGCAUGAACUGAAAAUCACCCAGCAGGGCACAGACCCACUUGUUCUUGCCGUCCAGAGUAAGGAGCAGGCUGAGCAAUGGCUGAAGGUGGUCAGAGAGAUCUACAGCGGCUGCAGCGGGCCCGCCGAGCCGGAGUGUCCUCCCCCAUCAAGCUCCCCGGUGCACAAGGUGGAACUGGAGAAGAAACUGUCUUCAGAGAGACCAAGUUCAGAUGGUGAGGGUGUUGCAGAAAAUGGAAUUGCUAUGUGUAAUGGAAAAGAACAAGUUAAGAGGAAAAAAAGUUCCAAAUCAGAGGCCAAGGGAACCGUGUCUAAAGUCACUGGGAAAAAAAUCACCAAGAUCAUCGGUUUGGGAAAGAAAAAGCCAUCGACGGAUGAGCAGACCUCCUCGGCAGAGGAAGACGUGCCGACGUGCGGCUACCUGAACGUGCUCUCCAACAGCCGCUGGCGGGAGCGCUGGUGCCGAGUCAAGGACCGCAAGCUCACGCUGCACAAGGACAGGGCCGACCUGAAGACGCACAUCGCCUCCAUCCCGCUGCGCGGCUGCGAGGUCAUCCCGGGGCUGGACUCCAAGCACCCCCUGACCUUCCGGCUGCUUCGCAACGGCCAGGAGGUGGCUGUGCUGGAGGCAUCUUCUUCUGAAGACAUGGGCAGAUGGAUUGGGAUUUUGCUGGCCGAGACGGGGUCCUCGACCGACCCCGGGGCCUUGCACUACGACUACAUAGACGUGGAGAUGUCGGCAAACGUCAUCCAGACGGCCAAGCAAACCUUCUGCUUCAUGAACCGGCGUGUUCUGUCCACUAACCCCUACUUGGGAAGCACCUCCAAUGGCUAUGCGCACCCCAGCGGGACGGCCCUUCACUAUGAUGAUGUCCCCUGCAUCAGCGGCUCGUGGGGCCCCGACGACGACGCUCCCGCCCCGCGCGGCCGAGGCCCGGGCGAAGAGGCGCUCUAUGAGAACGCCGCCCUGUACGAUAGCUUGCCGUCUCCGAGAAUCUUUGCUCGCUGCCCCCCCGCCGACAGGAAGGCUACUAGGCCGUCCCCCGACAGGCCGCCCCGUAACCGCUACCAGCACCCCGCCUCCUCCGGCCUGCCCUCCUCCCCGCCUGUCACUAACACCUCUUCUGUGGGGAGGGCGUCUCUCGGGCUCAGCUCACAGUCGAAGGGCAAGAAGCCCCCCGUGGCCUCCAAUGGCAUUACAGGCAGAGGCAAGGCUCCGAGCGGGCCGCAGAAAAAGGCUGACUCGGCGGCGGGCGUGAAGCGGACGCCUUCGAAUGCUGACCAGUACAAAUAUGGCAAGAACCGGGUGGAAGCAGACGCCAAGCGGCUGCAGGCCAAGGAGGAGGAGCUGCUGAAGAGGCGGGAGGGCCUCCGCGACAGGCUGGCCCAGCUGCGCAAGGAGAGGAAGGGGCUGAGGGCCGCCAUCGACGUGAACAGCGGCAGGAAGACCCAGGUGGUCCUGGAGGAGAAGCUGAAGAGGCUGGAGGAGGAGUGUAAGCAGAAGGAAACGGAGCGCGUCAACCUGGAGCUGGAGCUGACGGAGGUCAAGGAGAGCCUCAAGAAGGCGCUGGCUGGCGGCAUCACCCUUGGGCUGGCCAUCGAGCCCCGCUCAGGGACGUCCAGCCCGCAGUCUCCAGUUUUCAGGCAUCGGACUCUGGAGAACUCGCCCAUGUCCAGCUGUGAGACCAGCGACGCAGAGGGCCCGGUGCCCGUGAACAGUGCGGCCGUCCUGAAGAAGAGCCAGCCGGCCUCCGGCAACUCCCCGUGCCGGGGCCACGUGCUGCGGAAGGCCAAGGAGUGGGAGCUGAAGAACGGGACAUAG